AAACCCCAGCGGCCCUUGGGAGUUGUAGUUCUGGGGGGCCUUGGAGGGCGGCGGGCUUCUCUGGGGGCUGCACUGCAAGGGCCCUGCUCUUCCCUCCCUGGGGGACCCCACUCGGCCCUCUCUAGUGCCGCCACAAACUACAGUUCCCAGGAUCCCCUGGCCUUGAGCCAGGCAGUGAAAGCGGCGUCAAAGUGGGGUUGUUCCUCCGGUGCGGACUCAGCCAUAGGCGUGACUGUCUGCAUCCACACUGGAGAGAUAACCCGCUUUGGCACCGCUUUAACUCUUUCUGGCUCAAGGCUGUGGAAUUCUGGGAGUUGGAGUUCAUCGUGUGCCGUAUUGUCUGUUAUUUAGUCUAUAGGAGACACAGGCUGCAUCUUCUGAUGGGGAGGGCCUUCUCUGUGUUUCCCUUGGCCAUGCCCUCCAUUUCUCCGGAAGGCCCUGGGCCUGGGUGCCCCUGGGGCCAUGAACCUCCCUGUGCCCAGGGGCUUUGGGGGAUGCUGGGACCCUGGUCCUGGGGGGCCUGCAGCUGCCCUGGCCGGGGCUCUGGGUCCGCAAUGGGGCUGGAUUGUCUAUGGAGAAGCAGCCUCCCAGGCCAGUGCUCUCUGGGUGUAACCCGUAGUGGUGCAAAGUGCCAAAGCUAUUCGGGAGGAAAGAGCACAGCACCACGGAUAGCGCCUCUGGACUUGGGAGCAAAGCCUGGAGCGGAUCUGCUGCUGCUGCUGCUGCUGCCUCUCUGACCCAGAGGCGCCAGGGGCCCAGAUCACACCCAAAACGGGGAGGCGGCGGCGGAGGAGCCGGUUCGGCUGGUCUGUGCCUGCCUGGCCUUGAGCAACCCUCCGUCCUCCUGCGGGCGAGAGAGGCUCCUUGGCCAGUGCCUGAGCAUCGUCUCCCAGGGAGGACAGUGUGGGCUGUGGCCCCUUUCCCCUGCCUCUGCCCAGGGGACCCCCCUUCAGCAGGGCAGGAGCCAGCGCCUUCCUUCCUUUCCCCCUCCCGUGUUGUGGGCAGCCAUGGCCCUGGAGGCCGUGAAGGCCAAGGCUCUGCGCCACGCCAAGCAGUGCGGCCUCUGGCUCCUGGCCGGACUCUACCGCUGCUGGCCCCAGUGCCUGACCCCUCCUUUCCGUUACAGGCUGCUGUUCGGGAUGCUCUACCCGGCCUACGCCUCCUACAAGGCCGUGAAGACCAAGAACAUCCGGGAAUACGUGCGCUGGAUGAUGUACUGGAUUGUGUUUGCCCUCUUCAUGGCCACUGAGAUGAUCACAGACACCUUCAUUUCCUGGUUCCCCUUCUACUAUGAGAUCAAGAUGGCAUUUGUUGUGUGGCUGCUUUCGCCUUACACAAGAGGAGCCAGCCUAUUCUACCGCAAGUUCAUACACCCCACUUUAUCCCGCAAGGAAAAGGAAAUCGAUGAGUUCAUCCUCCAGGCCAAAGAGCGUGGCUACGAGACCCUGGUGAGCUUUGGGAAGAAAAGCCUCAACGUUGCUGCCACAGCUGCUGUCCAGGCUGCCACAAAGAGUCAAGGGGCCCUGGCCGGACGUCUCCGGAGCUUCAGCAUGCAGGAUUUGCACUCUGUCCCGGACUCCGCUCCUGUGCAUUUCUCCGACCCACUCUACCUGGAGGAUGAGCUCCACCGGAGGCCAAUUGGACGCAGGGCCUCUUCCCAGCCGCCAGAUGACAAAGACGAGGAAUUCUGGUCCGACUCUGAGCUCUCCGCCAGCCCCAGGCGUCCACCCAAUGACCCUGCGCCCUCCAAGCCACUGGCCAGGAGCCAGAGCCUCCAUGUAGUGAAGAGGAAGCCCCCUGUCAAAGAGGGCUCCAUGCGGUCGCUGCGCACCCGGCCCAGGAAGAAGGUGCCUGCGCAGGAGAUCUAGGCCGCCUGCAGAGAAGCAGCGUUGACACAUGUCUGGGACCUGUUUUCAGAGCUGGGAAUGCCCUUUGGGUCUUUUGUUUAAAAGUUUGUUGCCGGUUUUGUUGGUGGAGGGAAGCCCUUGUGGCAAGCGCUCCCCCCCCCCCCCGUCUCUCUGGCCUCUUGGGAACCUCCUCCUCCGGGAGGAGAAGACCCAGCAGGCUUCCCAGGGGCCAGGCUGCCCAGCUCAGACCGCGGUGCCUUUCGUCGGACCGGCUUUUCCGUGUUCUCCCUCAGGUUCCAAGCGCACUGAGCCAUUAAAACGACUUGCCUUUUCAGAGAGCAGGAAAAGCCCAAGGACUGGCUUUGCUCCCCUGAAGGGACCCUCCCUGCCCCUGGUUUUGGGGUGCAGCCGAUGGGAAGCCAAAGAGAAAACGGAGGGCCUCUGGCCCCUUCCAGACGAUCCCAUUCCCCCCGUGUCUGUCUCUGGGAACACUAGCCUGGCUCCUGCUUGAAGACCCUCCAUGACUGAGACACCAAGUGCCUUUCUAAUGUUCUUUUAAAUAAACACAUUUUCUCUUGUA